CGCGAAUCCAACACAUUACGAUGUUCCGCUGCUUUUUUGCUGUUACUUUGAUUGCAUGUAGCUUAGCUGCUAUAGUUCCUGAUGCCACAGAAACUGAGGAAUUUAAACAAUGGUCAGGAAGAAUUGUUGGUGGUCAUGAGGCCACACCUGGACAGUUUCCAUAUCAAGCAUCAAUGAGAAGUGCUGCAAAUGCUCACUUCUGUGGUGGAUCAAUUAUUAACCGAAGAUGGGUUGUUUGCGCUGCUCAUUGCACAAACAACAGACUCCUCGCAAACACAAUGGUCGUUGUUGGAGCUCAUCAUAGAGUUACAGGAGGAACUACUCAUUCAGUCGAGCGCAUUGUCAAUCAUCCAAAUUUCAGUCAAAUCUCAUUAGCAAAUGACAUUUCCAUGGUUCGUUCAGCUACAGAUUUUGUUGAAAGUGCAUCAGUUCGUUUUAUUCAACUUGAACCAAACUUCAUCAUUACCGGAUUUCCAGCAACAAGCUCAGGUUGGGGGCAAACAACAAAUCCUGGAAGUGCUGCUGAAAAUCUUCAAUUCUUACACGUUGAAGUAAUUACAAAUGAAGAAUGUCGUUCAAGAUUAACAUUGACAAAUGCAGCACGUAUUGGAGAUACAACAAUUUGUGUCUCAUCUCCAGAUGGACAAGGAUUGUGUAUGGGAGACUCUGGUGGUCCAUUAACAUACGGUGGACGUCUUAUUGGUGCUGUAUCAUGGGGUGUUCCAUGUGGUACUGCUGCUCCUGAUAUGUUUGCACGUAUUUCUGCUGUACAUGGAUGCUUAGCUGCUACUGUUCCUGAUGCAACCGAGACAGAGGAGUUUAAACAAUGGUCAGGACGAAUUGUGGGUGGAAAUACAGCUACACCAGGUCAAUUUCCAUACCAAGCAUCGAUGAGAAAUGCUGCAAACUCACAUUUCUGUGGUGGAUCACUUAUUAACCGCAGAUGGGUUGUUUGUGCAUCUCAUUGCACAGUCAACAGACUUCUCGCAAACACAAUAAUUGUCGUCGGAGCUCAUCAUAGAGUUACAGGAGGAAUAACUCAUCCAGUUGAACGCAUUGUCAACCAUCCAAACUACAGCUCAAUCACAUUAGCAAAUGAUGUUUCACUCGUCCGUUCAGCCACAGACUUUAUUGAAAGUGAAACUGUAGGUUUUAUUCAACUUGAACCAAACUUCAUCAUUACCGGAUUUCCAGCAACUAGCUCAGGUUGGGGCCAAACAACAAAUCCAGGAAGUGCUGCUGAAAUUCUCCAAUUCUUAAACGUUGAAGUAAUUACAAAUGAAGAAUGUCGUUCAAGAUUAACAUUGACAAAUGCAGCACGUAUUGGUGAAACUACGAUUUGUGUCUCAUCUCCAAAUGGUCAAGGAUUGUGUAUGGGAGACUCUGGUGGUCCAUUGACAUACGGAGGACGUCUUAUUGGUGCUGUGUCUUGGGGCGUUCCAUGUGGUACUGCUGCUCCUGAUAUGUUUGGACGUAUUUCUGCUGUACAUGCAUGGUUAGUCUCAGUUAUUGAUGUCUAAAUGCACAAAUAUGUUAAAUAAAAUAAAUAAAAAUCUAGAAA